GCGAAGCACGCUCUGGUGCGGGCCAACGGCGGCCUCGUCGUGUCCAUCGCCCGGGGCUACCAACGAUUGCGCACGGGCGCCGGCGUCGAGGCCCUGGACGAUUUGGUGCAGGAGGGCACGCUCGGGCUGAUCCGCGCGGUCGAGAAGUACGAGCCGGAGCGGGGCAUCCGCUUCGGCACCUACGCGACGGCCUGGAUCAAGGCGUCGAUCUCCGCCUGGCUCAAGCGCGGCGACGCCAUGAUCAAGGUGCCGAGCCGCGUCGCGGACCUCGGGCUCCGUGCCGCGCGGUCUUCCUCGGCGCUCCAGAACGACCUGGGCCGCGACGCGACGGCCGAGGAGGUCGCGCGCGAUCUAGGCGCGUCGACGGCGGCCGUCGAGGCCGCGGCGAGCGCGCUCCACGGGAGCCGCGUGGUGUCGUACGACGCGUCCGCGGGCGGCGACUCGGAGUCGAACUUUGUGGCCUGCCUCGCGGACGAGGAUUGCGCCGUCGGCGACCUCAAGGCGGACCUGACAAACGCGCUCGCCGCCGUUUUAGACGACCGCGAGCUGCGCGUCGUGCGGCUGCGCUACGGCCUCGACGACGGCACGCAGCGGAGCACGCGCGAGUGUGCGGCCGCGCUCGGCAUCGGCAAGGAGUCCGUGCGCCAGAUCUGCCUCAAGGCGUUCCGCAAGCUGCGGGGCACGGCCCAGGGGUCCGCGCUCCUAAGCCACAUGGAU